AAAGUGCCAAACCAAAAGACAGAAAGAGAAAGACUCGUGGAGGGUCGCACGGUGCGAUGCGUGGAGACCAGGUGACAGAGAAUGCCGAGGUCGUGUUGCGACGCCAAGCGCUUCAAAUGGCGGAUCGUAGCGCCUUAUAAACCCUAGCUCCCUUUUGCUACCAUCCUAGCCUCGAAAUUUCUUCGAUUCCUAUUCUCAGAAAAAAAUUGGCUUGCUUGAGAGAUUUGUUUGGGUGUGGUUUGUGUGAUUGAGUUCGAAUUAGUCUUUGUUUGCGUAGACAAUGGCGGAGGUGGCAAAAGUGCUGUACAUAGUGGUGGAGGAUGAAGAAGACAAGAGAGAGAAAGGGAAAGAGUCCUUUAGGUACACGCGUCCGGUUCUGCAGAGCACUCUGCAGCUCAUGGGAUGUAAAGCGCGACAUGCGUUUAAGAUAAGUCAACGAGUUUUUGAAUUGAUCAGAAGUGAAAACCCAAGUGAUGCUUUGUCUCUAGAAGUAAUGAGUACAUCAAGAUUGGAUGCUUCAGUAGGUCUUGAGAAGGUAGAUGGUUGUCCUACUGGUGGUUGCUUGGGUAAAACAGAGGCAGGCAACCCUUUGGUUGCAGUUAAAGAAGAUAGAAGUAAGAGCGUGCCAUUUGAAUUGUACAAACGAAGGACAACUAUAGUUGUAAGAAGAAAAUUUUUCCUAGACGUUGUUUGUGAUGCUCUGGCUGAAUAUAAGUAUGUGGGUCCCAACCAGAGGCAAGAUUUGGUUUUGGCAUGCAGAAUCCGAGAAAGGAAGGAAUCUGUAACUGUACUGUUGUGUGGCACUAGUGGCUGUGGCAAGUCUACUUUGUCAGCGUUGCUGGGUAGCAGAUUAGGAAUUACAACAGUUAUAUCAACUGACUCUAUCCGGCAUAUGAUGAGGAGUUUUGUAGAUGAGAAGCAAAACCCUCUACUCUGGUCUUCAACCUACCAUGCAGGUGAGUUCUUGGAUCCUGUGGCUGUUGCAGAAGCAAAGGCGAAAAGGAAAGCAAAAAAAUUGGCAGGCAUUUUACACUCACUUCCAAAGGAUGAACUAUCUGAUGGUUCUACUACAACUGGGAAAUCUGAUACUCGGUCAUCAGAGGUGGGUUCCAGUACAACUGAAUUGAUCAGUCCAAAGCAGAUGGCCGUUGAAGGAUUUAAAGCACAAAGUGAGAUGGUAAUUGACAGUCUUGAUAGGCUGAUCACUGCAUGGGAAGAGCGAAAAGAAUCAGUAGUUGUUGAGGGUGUUCAUUUGAGCCUUAAUUUUGUGAUGGGGCUUAUGAAGAAACAUCCUUCUAUCAUACCAUUCAUGAUAUACAUCACUAACGAGGACAAACACUUGGAGCGAUUUGCAGUCCGUGCUAAGUAUAUGACACUGGACCCAGCAAAAAACAAGUAUGUGAAGUAUAUUCGAAAUAUCAGAACGAUCCAAGAAUACCUCUGCAAGCGGGCUGACAAGCAUCUUGUCCCCAAAAUAAACAAUACCAAUGUUGACAGGAGUGUAGCAGCCAUCCAUGCUACCGUCUUCAGCUGCCUUCGUAGACAUGAGGCUGGGGAACAGCUGUAUGAUCCUACCACAAACACUGUUACUGUGAUUGAUGAGGAGUACAGGAACCAGUGUGCUGCCAAUUCAUUGAGCUCCAAGGGGAUGUUUCAACUGCUUCAGAGGAAAGGUUCCUUCAGGCAUCUCAUGGCUCUUGUUAAUACUGAUGGAUCUGUAGCAAAGGCUUGGCCUGUUGAUUCAGUUGAUAGUAACGGGAAGCCAAUUUUGGGCCAUGGGACUCGGAUUGGAAAGGCUGAACCAGUUAAUCUUCAGUUUGGUCUCUAUGGGAUCAGUGCCUGGCCCAGUGAUGGUGGCACUAGUCGUGCUGGAAGUGUUGAUGAGUCAAGGGCUGACGGGACUGAUACUGGUAGUAGAUAUUUUUCUUCCUGUUGCAGCUCACCGAGAAUGUCUGAUGGGCCUUCCAAGGAGCUCAAGGAGGAACUCUCGGUGCAUGGCAGUGAUGAAGAGAUUGAUGAUCCACCUGAGGCAGGUAGUGAGGAUGAUCUAAGUGAUGAUAAUGACAAGGAGGUCCUUGAAGAGGUUGGUUCAGUCGACGAGGAGUCUACAAAAUCGGAUGAAGAGUAUGAUGAUCUAGCAAUGCAGGACGUGCAGGAGAAUGGGUAUUGGUCAGAUGAUGAUGAGGAGGCCAAAGAUAAGCUUGUGCCCGUUUCUAGCGACCAAUCAAUCGUUGGUAUGCAAGGGGAUAAAUAUCGCCAAAACCUGGAGCUCUUCCUUAGAACUAAAAGCGAGCCUUUGUCGGAGCCGUGCUCUUACUCCUUGCUUAUGGGGAAGAAUGAGAGGAAAGUGCCUUCUGGAAAUGUCAAAAUGAGAAAACGCUCCCUCAGCAUUCCGGCCUUGAGAAAGCAUGGGUCGUUUAUGGGCGGCCCAAUUCUUUCUGGCGCUCCUCAGGGUUAGCGGAAAAUUUUUGUCUCGGUUUUUAGUGCUUUUGCUUUGCGUUUAUCUUUUUGCUAUUAUAGCUUUAACGUACUAGAGUGAUUACCUAGGGAAUUCACCUCUCUCGCUCAGAUGCGUAUAGUAUAGCUUGGUGCGGUUGAAAGACUCGAAUGCUCUUCAAUGGGCAUUUUUUUUAGAAUGUGCAUGUGUUCAGCAGUUCAGGCAAUUUGUAUAUAUAACUCCGCUUAAUACA